CCUCGGUUCAAAUGUCACAUCACUAGUCAACCCUAAAUUCCUCUACUUUUGUGCUCGCGUGCACAGGACUUUUAUUUUGGUUUGGCGAUGUGACGUCACAACGCUACGCCGCACUCGGGCAUUUGUUGUUGUGCAUCGACUACAGAAAGAAAAGGUGAAGCGACUGAGAUCCACGUGACACUGUUAUAAAGAUGGCGUUUAUUAAAGAAGAGAGUGAAGAUGUGAAAAUUGAGGAAACAAUCAGAGUCAAACAUGAAGAUAGUGAUGAUGACGGAUUAGACCUGAUGGCAAUAAUAGAGGAGAUUCAAAAGCAGCAUAAGAAACAGGAACAAGAGCAGGAACAAGAGCAAUGUGCAAAGCAUAAUGAUUUCAGUACUGGAGAAAAAACUGAAGAGACUCCUCCACCAGCAAAAGCUAAGGAGAAACCAAUUAGACGUCGUCUCAUCUGUUCAGAGUGUGGAAACACUUUCAGUAAUCGAUCCGGCCUCAGAAUGCACAUGAUGAUUCACACUGGAGAGAAGCCUUUCACCUGCCAUCAAUGUGGAAAACGUUUCGUUCAACGAGGAAACUUUCAAACACACAUGAAAGUUCACACUAGAGAGAAGCCUUACAGCUGUAACCUGUGUGGAAAGAGCGUCACAACAAAACAGAAACUUAACAAUCACAUGAACCUUCAUGUCAGUGAUAGGUGGAAAGAGUGCAAAAAGAAAUCUACUCAAAGUAAAAGAAAAAAAAAGUAAACGUACCAUUACAUGAUUGGCAUUUUACAAAUAAAAGUACCAGACAAAAAAUGUACUCAAGUAAAAGUUGCUUAUUUAAAAUUUACGCCAAGUAUACAUUAUUUUUGACAGGGUUCCUAUGGGGCUUGUAAAAGUACAGAAUUUGAUUGAAGUAUUUUCUAUGUCUGGAAAGUAUGAAAAAGAAAGCAGAGUAUGGAAAAAUAUUUGUAUUUACAGACUUUUGCCCAGAUUUCUUUUUUUUUAUAUACAAUGUAAAAUUCAGAAUUUAGUGAAAAUAAAUUCAUCAUACCAGAUAACACAUAGUAUGUAUAAGACAUUUUUUUUUUUUUUCUAGCUUAGGAAAGAAAAAGUAACUUGAAUCAUGUAGUAACAUUUUUGAAUUGACUAGUAAAAAAAAAAAAAGUGACAAUCCAAAUGUUCUGCUCAUUUGGACAUUAGGCCUUGAUAUUAGAAGUACUACUGUAAGAACUGAUCAUUUUGGAGCAGGUAGAUAUCUUAAUUCAUAUGCAUUCAUGCUCUCGUUUUAUUCAUAGUAGGAUGGCAGUGAUGCAAAAAGAUCUUAAUGCAUAAGCAUGCUAAACAUUUUUCAUAUGAAUGAUUAUGCAUGUUGUCACUUCGAGGAAAUCAAUGGGGAAAAAAUAUUUACAGAUGACUAUACCAAAUAUAAAGCUGAAAAUAAUGGCACUAUUAACCAUUUAUGUUAAAUAUGGUCUGAAAAUCAACAGAGAGGUUUGGAAAUUUGAGUCUGGAAAAGUAUGGAAUUUUGAAAUGGAAAUGUGUAGGAACCGUCUUUACUAAGUUUUUAACAGAGGGAAGGAGGAACUUACAGGAACUUAGGAGGAAUUACAUGGGCUUAUAUCAGAAUCAGCUUUUAUUGCCAGGUAUGUUUACACACAGAAUGACAGUGAUAGACCAAAAAACAAAAACAAAAAAACAUGUAAAUAAGGAAUAAAAAAAAAUUGAAAAUUGUAUAUACAGAUAUUUAACAGUAGACAGUUGUAUGCACAAGUAUACAGUAUUAUGUGCAAAUUGAAAUGUCGACUAAGUGUUAAAUAAAUGUAUAAAUAGUGUGUGUUCCACAA